GCCUGUUACACGUGCGCUCACAGUUUCACCCGUUCUUUCUAUAUAUUUGUCUUGUCUCUACUCAUUUCAUUUCCAUUUCAACUCACCUUCUCCCUCACAAGCCUAGCUCCUGACCUGAUCUCGCAAUCUAUAUCACAAACCAGGUGAUUUUCAGUUAAGUUCAAAUGGCUCCACCUGCAGCAUCAUCAGAUUCGAUAAAACCUAGAGAUGUUUGCAUUGUUGGAGUUGCGCGUACACCCAUGGGUGGAUUUCUUGGUUCCUUGUCAUCCUUGUGUGCUACCAAGCUUGGAUCAAUUACCAUUGAAGCUGCUCUUAAGAAAGCAAAUGUUGAUCCAUCACUUGUACAAGAAGUUUACUUUGGCAAUGUUCUUAGUGCAAAUCUAGGGCAGGCUCCUGCUAGACAGGCGGCACUAGGUGCAGGAAUUCCUAAUUCAGUGAUCUGUACUACUGUGAACAAAGUUUGUGCAUCAGGGAUGAAAGCUACAAUGCUUGCUGCACAGAGUAUUCAGUUGGGCAUCAAUGAUGUUGUUGUGGCUGGUGGCAUGGAAAGCAUGUCGAAUGCACCUAAAUACUUGGCAGAAGCAAGGAAGGGAUCUCGGCUAGGACAUGAUUCUCUUGUUGAUGGAAUGUUAAAGGAUGGAUUAUGGGAUGUUUAUAAUGAUUGUGGCAUGGGAACUUGUGCUGAGCUAUGUGCUGAUCAACACACAAUAACAAGGGAAGAUCAGGAUAAUUUUGCUAUUCAGAGCUUUGAGCGUGGUAUUGCUGCCCAAGAUGCUGGUGCCUUUGCAUGGGAAAUUGUUCCAGUUGAAGUUUCUGGGGGAAGGGGAAAACCAUCAACCAUUGUUGAUAAAGAUGAAGGUUUAGGGAAGUUUGAUGCUGCAAAACUGAGGAAGCUCCGACCAAGUUUCAAGGAGAGUGGAGGCACUGUUACAGCUGGCAAUGCAUCUAGUAUAAGUGAUGGGGCUGCUGCAUUAGUUAUAGUGAGUGGAGAGACAGCACUUAAGCUUGGUCUGCAAGUGAUUGCAAAGAUUACAGGAUAUGCUGAUGCUGCUCAGGCACCCGAGAGCUUCACAACCGCUCCAGCCCUUGCAAUACCAAAAGCUAUUUCAAAUGCUGGUUUGGAUGCUUCUCAAAUUGAUUAUUAUGAAAUAAACGAAGCCUUUGCUGUUGUGGCUCUUGCAAACCAGAAAUUGCUUGGACUUAAUCCAGAUAAGGUUAAUGUUCAUGGUGGAGCUGUAUCCUUGGGACAUCCUCUGGGAUGCAGUGGAGCUCGAAUCUUGGUCACACUUUUGGGGGUAUUGAGGCAGAAAAAUGGGAAAUAUGGUGUUGGUGGUGUUUGCAAUGGAGGAGGUGGUGCAUCAGCACUUGUUUUGGAGCUUGUGUGAGCCCUUUAUGUUUGAAAUGGCUGUUGCCUCUGUGUGGCUCAGGAUGGACAUGAGCAUGGGUCUUCUUCCGGAGAGUGAAUCUGUUGUCAUCACGGUUGACUGUUGUGCAAAAUUUCCCCUUCUUUUUCAUCUUUGCUUCCUUCCCAAUAAAACUGGAUUUGUAUUAAUCUUUAGGAAGAUAAUAAUUCUCCAUUGCUGCGCUCGCUUUCUUCCCUAUGCACGUAUACAAGUUCCAUAGAUGGUAUGAAAUUUGAUUAUCCCCAUAGAACCGGGGAUUUAUUUGCAGAAACAAUUAAGAGGAAUAAUAUAAGAUUGAUCA